AUGGCCCGCGAGCCGUGGGCCUGGUGGCGGUCCCUCGGGAGCCCGGCCACCGUCUGCGCGCCGAUGGUCGACCAGUCGGAGCGCGCCUUCCGGCUGCUGGUCAGGCGGCACGGCUGCGACCUGUGCUACACGCCCAUGCUCCACGCGGACCUCGUCGUCCGCGACGCGGCGUACCGCCGGGACCACGUGCCGGACGACGCGUGCGCCGAGGACCGGCCGCUGAUCGCGCAGCUGGGCGGCGGCGACCCCGCCACGCUGGCGGCGGCGGCCCGGGAGAUAGCGGCGCGGGGCGGCUGCGACGCCAUCGACGUGAACCUGGGCUGCCCGCAGGCCUGCGCGCGGCGCGGGGGCUACGGCGCGUUCCUGGACGACGACGGGGCCGCGCGCGCCGUGCGCGCCGUCGCCGAGGCCUCGCCCCUGCCGGCGACGGCGAAGAUCCGGUGCCGCGCGGCCGGCGACGCCGAGGGCCUCGACGUCGACGUCGCGGCGACGGUCGCGCUCGCGGAGCGGCUCGUGGCCGCCGGCGCGGCCGCCGUCUGCGUGCACGCGCGGACGCGCGCGGGCAAGACGUUCGCGGAGGCCUGCUGGCCCGCCGUGCGGGCGGUCGUCGCCGCGGUCGGCGCGGCCGUGCCGGUCGUGGCGAACGGCGGCGUGCGGCGCGCCGCGGACGCCGCGGCGCUGCGGCGCGCGACGGGCUGCGCGGCCGUCAUGUCGGCCGAGGCGCUGCUCGCGGACCCCUGGCUCUUCUCCGCGGCGCCGGCGCCGCGGCCCGCGGCGGCCGCGGCGUGCCGCGCGUACCUCGCGCUCGCGGCGGCCGCGCCCGUCUCGUGGGCGCGCGCGCACGUCGUCGCCAUGCUCCACGCCGCGCUGGCGCGCGACGCCGACCUGCGCGAGGCGGUCGCGGCCGCGCGGACCGUGGCCGAGCUCGCGGCGGCCCUGCCGGACGACGCCGGCCCGCUGCGGGCGCGCGACCGCGCCGCGCCGGACGCGCCGGCCUACGCGGCGCUCCUGGCGCGGGGCCGGGCCGAGCGCCGCCGGGCGAAGGACGCGGCCAUGCGCGCGAACGCGCCGGCGGCGCCGCGGCGCCGCGAGCCGCGGCCGCCGUCGGAGAGGCAGCGCCGCGCCGUCGCGGGGGCGAACCUGCGGCUCUGCGGCUGCGGCGAGCCGGCGAAGCACGCCUGCGUCCGGUCGUGCUGCCAGGUGUGCUGCGCCGCGGCGAACGGCGGCGCCGACUGCGGGAACCACGCGUCGCGGAAGAAGCGGCGGAAAAGAAGUAACUGGCCUGUUUUCGUGUGA